GCGGCGGCUGCAGCCAGGUCGGGUGCGGGGCUGCGCAGGUGGAGCCCGUGGCUGCAGCGGGAGGCGGCUGCGGUGAGCGGGGGCCGCGCCGCGAUUCCCUGCUCGGCGGCGGCUGCGGGUAGGGCCCCCAUGUCGGACAACCAGAGCUGGAACUCGUCCGCCUCCGAGGAGGACCCCGAGACCGAGUCUGGGCCGCCUGUUGAGCUCUGCGGCGUCCUCAGCAAGUGGACCAACUAUAUUCAUGGAUGGCAGGACCGAUGGGUAGUUUUGAAAAACAACACGCUCAGCUACUACAAGUCUGAGGAUGAAACAGAGUAUGGAUGCAGGGGCUCCAUCUGUCUGAGCAAGGCUGUUAUUACGCCCCAUGAUUUUGAUGAAUGCAGAUUUGACAUCAGUGUAAAUGACAGUGUUUGGUAUCUACGAGCUCAGGAUCCAGACCACAGGCAACAAUGGAUAGAUGCAAUAGAACAGCACAAGACUGAAUCUGGCUACGGAUCAGAAUCAAGCCUACGACGCCAUGGCUCCAUGGUCUCUCUCGUGUCUGGAGCAAGUGGAUACUCUGCUACAUCAACCUCAUCAUUCAAGAAAGGUCAUAGCUUGCGUGAAAAACUUGCUGAAAUGGAAACCUUCAGAGACAUCCUAUGUAGACAGGUUGAUACUUUGCAGAAAUACUUUGAUGCCUGUGCAGAUGCUGUAUCCAAGGAUGAACUUCAGAGGGAUAAAGUGGUAGAAGAUGAUGAAGAUGAUUUCCCUACAGUGCGUUCUGAUGGGGAUUUCUUGCAUAAUAGUAAUGGCAGUAAAGAGAAAUUGUUCCCACAUGUGACACCCAAAGGAAUUAAUGGCAUAGACUUUAAAGGGGAAGCUAUAACUUUCAAGGCAACUACUGCUGGGAUUCUUGCCACACUGUCUCAUUGUAUAGAACUCAUGGUAAAACGUGAAGAGAGCUGGCAAAAAAGACUGGAUAAGGAAAUUGAAAAAAGGAGAAGAAUAGAAGAGGCAUACAAAAAUGCCAUGACAGAACUUAAGAAAAAAUCCCAUUUUGGAGGACCAGAUUAUGAGGAAGGUCCUAAUAGUCUGAUUAAUGAAGAAGAAUUCUUUGAUGCUGUUGAAGCUGCUCUUGAUAGACAAGAUAAAAUAGAGGAACAGUCUCAGAGUGAAAAGGUCAGAUUACACUGGCCAACACCUUUACCUUCUGGUGAUGCAUACUCUGCUGUGGGGACUCAUAGGUUUGUCCAGAAGCCCUAUAGUCGCUCUUCCUCCAUGUCUUCCAUUGAUCUAGUCAGUGCCUCUGAUGUUCACAGAUUCAGCACCCAGGUGGAAGAGAUGGUGCAGAACCACAUGACUUACUCUUUACAGGAUGUAGGAGGAGAUGCCAAUUGGCAACUAGUAGUUGAAGAGGGUGAAAUGAAGGUUUACAGAAGAGAGGUAGAAGAAAAUGGAAUAGUUUUAGAUCCUCUGAAGGCCACACAUGCAGUCAAAGGGGUCACAGGACAUGAAGUCUGCCACUACUUCUGGAAUGUUGAUGUUCGUAAUGACUGGGAAACAACCAUUGAAAAUUUCCAUGUUGUGGAAACCCUAGCUGAUAAUGCAAUCAUCAUUUACCAGACACACAAGAGAGUGUGGCCUGCUUCCCAACGGGAUGUGCUAUAUCUGUCAGCCAUUAGAAAGAUACCAGCAUUCAGUGAAAAUGAUCCUGAAACUUGGAUUGUCUGUAACUUCUCUGUGGAACAUGACAGUGCUCCUCUGAACAAUCGAUGUGUUCGUGCCAAAAUAAACAUUGCUAUGAUCUGUCAGACAUUGGUAAGCCCACCAGAAGGAAACAAAGAAAUAAGCAGAGACAAUAUCCUAUGCAAGAUUACAUAUGUAGCAAAUGUGAACCCUGGGGGAUGGGCACCAGCCUCAGUGUUACGGGCAGUGGCAAAACGGGAGUAUCCCAAAUUCCUGAAGCGUUUCACAUCAUAUGUGCAAGAGAAAACAGCAGGAAAGCCUAUUUUAUUCUAGUAUUAACAGUGACUGGAACAAGACUGUGUGAACAUUCCAUGUUGGAGAGGGAAACCAAAUUGAAUGCUCCAAGCUGGAACAUAGGAUCUACAGUCUUUAUGGCCCAAGUCCUAGGCUUUGUGUACUAAAGUGAAGAAAUAUUGCAACACCAUGAGGCUGAACAUCUAACACUAGCUGUCUCCUGCUAGCUCUCCUGCUGAAUCAGUGUGUAAUUAUAAAUACAUGUAUUGAUACAUGUAUAUGGCUGUUUUUAUUUGCUUGCUUUAGAGGAGAGAAAUACAACUUUGAAUCACCAACUUGGGUUACUGCUUUAAUUUUAAAUGAUUUGCAAAGCUUUUGUUUGCUGUGGACCUUUAUAAGAUAACUCACACAGUUCCUGUUUUUGUGCAUGUCUAAAAAGCACAAAAGACAAAUGCACAUAUAGCAUCCUGUAUGUGCUUUAUAUGCACAAAAACCUGUUUGUGUUAUUUUUACAGGUUUGCAGUACAAUCUAGGUGACUCUUUUGGCAGGUUUUGUUUUGCUUUGUAUAAUCAUAGUUUAUUGCUGCUUGUUUCUAAAAUGAAUAAUCUUGUUAUGUAAAAUGUCAGUUAUUAACUGAGGGCUGUCAAUAUCCUUAUGACUCUGCCUUUUCUAUUGUCUUACUCCUAUGAAGACCUUUGGCUCUGAGGGAGGAAGAGUGUGAAAAGCUUUAUUUUUUCCAGAUAUCUUUAUAUUUCUAUUGUAUUUUUUAGUUAUGUAAUAUGUGCUACAGAAUUUUUGUUAUUGAACAUGAUCCAGAAAUUUCUAGUUAGAUUCUGUAUGAACGGGCAAAAGACUGACUGAAAAGCUGCAAUGGUGGUCUAUCAAUGCUACAUUUGGGCUGCUUUUUGCAUGAUAUCCAGGGUUUUCCUGAAACAGUGGAAGGUACACUGUAAUAUUUAUUGAAGCAAAUUGGACUACAUAGGGCAACAUUCCAAGUCUGGAAGUAAAAGCAAAUAUAUUAUUUCAUGGACCUGCACGUCUUGUUUCUCAUCUUAAUAAAGCCAUGCUCUGAGGUUCACACAGAAAAUAUGAGUUGCGUUAAUGUUUACCUCGUGAUGAAAAAAUGUAAGAGCUAUGAAAAUCCAUAUUUUCUAAAUGAAAAGUUCCCCUUAGUUGCUGUGAGAAAUGUAAAUAUCAAAUAUUUUGCCUGUCUCUGGAAGUAGUCACUAAGAGAUGUUUGUGGCAAAGGCUGGUACUUGCUCUAGUAGACAUCUUAUUUGAUGUCCUAUAGUUGGAGACUAUUCCAAGGUAUUCUUGGGCAUUUCACUUUUGUAUCAAAAUGUGAGAUUCAGAGAUAUAUUUUUUUUCCAAAAGAGUUUUAUUUGGUAUAGUAUAGCAGGUGCCUGAAGAUUAAAUUAAACUUAUUGUUAUAUAAAAUGGAUUCAAUUAAAUUUGGCUGUAAUUAAAUAAGAUACCUGCACAGUGUUAAAAAUGGAUUACUUCCUUGUAUGUUAGUCUUUAUUUUGCAUAAAACAUUAGAAAUACAUUCAUAAUACAAUUAAACAUACACAUAGAUUUCAUGCUCCAUCAUUUUUCUCCUUUUUUAUUUGCCUUUUUAAAUGAUGUGCAUAGAAUAUGCCUUAUUACAGAAUAAUUCUAUUCUUAAUUUGAUUAUAUAGAAAAGUGCCUAUAUGGUAAUGUUAGCAAGGCAAAUAAGAUGGAAAAACUGUACCUUUACUACAUAACCAGUGAGCAUUUUGUAUAAUAUUUAAAAAAUGUCUUACCUCAAAUGUGCUUCAUCUUUACAAUCAGUUGAACAAUGAUUCAUCUGCCAUAGCCACUGAUGGGAACUUUACAGAAAAUAAUUAUAUAUCCCAAAUGUAUAGAUGUUUAACUCCUUUCAAUUGAACACAGACAAGUAAUUUUCUUAAUUUAAUUGGAUAGCUUUAUUUUACAAUUGUAUGGAAAGUUUACAAAGCAGUAUAUAAAUCUUAAUAUCAUUAGUUGCAUUUGCACUAAAUGUGAUGUACUUUUGCAAUUUAUUCUGUAAAUAAAAAUACACUACAGAUACUAUUUGUAAAGAAUACCUUUUACUUUAAGAUAAAAUCACAUGUACGUCACCUGCAGCAAGCCCUGCCCAGUAAGAGUUAUGAGAGACUUAUAAGAAAGUAUUCAGUGUUGUAAGGUCAAGGUCACAAGUAUUGACCCUUUAAAAGUGUGUAAAGUAUAGGCUUCUCAGGCUAUUCAGAUGUAUAGCCAUUUAUACUCUUUCUUCCAGAAAAGAUCUCCUGCCUUUCCUCACUUUCGGGACUUUCUUAAAUCUUUUUAAUCCCACUUCCAACACUUGGGCUCUUUUUUCUUCCAACUUUAUGUAACUAUCUUAUUCCUACAGUUUCAGUUCCAUUUUCAAGCGGGGGUCCCUGCCCUUGUAACUUUUUGUUUCAAAGGUAUAUCAAUUCAGUUUAAUUCAGCCCAAUCAGAGAAAAAAAAAGCAGCAAUUUUUACAUGGGAUUGUACCCCAGUUUCUGUUGUCUUAACCAAAUUAGAUGACUGUGGAAUACCUAACAUGGUAGUUUGAUCCUAUAUCCCCAGUAAAAACUGGAAAUUGUUCAGUGUCUUAUCUAAAUCAUUUUCUCAGACUGAACAAUCUGACACACUUUCAAUAUAAAAGAUCCCAUUGGCACUUAGAGGGCAAACUUUUUUUACCUAAUUGUGCUGAUAUUUCUUUAAACUAAUCAGGUUGUCCACUAUUUGUUUUUGUUCACAGUUGUACUGUUGAAUUACCACUGUUCAUCUACAGACUGAAAACAUGAAUCACAUUUUGAGUACCUUGAGUGUGUAGAGUGUAACUGUUUGUUCUGAUAGCUUUAUGAUCCUAAUGAUAAGUUUUAAAAAUUAAAAGUUGGCUCUUCCAUGUUACAAUCACAAAUUUUAAAACCAGUAUUUAAAAGUGAAAAGUAUUAAAGGUAUUAUGAUCAAAA